AGUAUUACUACUAGCAAUGCUGACCCUCGCUAGCCACACAAUUGGUGAAUUGUAUGAGCUAUUGGUUCUGGAUGAGGAAAUAUUUAUCAGUUGUCAAGAUCCUGAUCCCGGAACACUUGACGUCAACGGAAUGAUUAACUUCUCAAAUUUGUCAACCUCCAUGGAUGCUGACGGUAUAACCGUAAGCGGAAACGCAACUUCGAUAUGGGACAUUCAGCAGUCGGAUCGCAUUCAGGUUACCAUGAACAUUCUGCGCCUGGACAGAGGCACCUGGAUGCCUACAGUAUUGUCAAUCACUGUUAAGGAUUUCUGCACGGUUAUGUACGACAAAAAUCAGUACUGGUUCAAGUACUGGACGCAGUAUAUUUUAAAUGACGUCAAGGAUAAAUGCCUGAAUGCCGGGACUCAAUUUGUGCACCAGACCUUUGUGCUGAGACUGACCGCCAGCGCCACGGGCUCUUUUCCCGAAGGACGCUACAAAGCCCACGUGGUGUUCAGAGCUUUCGAUUCCUCUGAUAAGGAAAGACCAACUUGCAUUUGCUUCGAAGUACAGGGCGACGCUGUGAAAAUUCGGACGACAAAAUCAGGAGGAGCAAAGAAAUCUUUGCCCUUAGCUUAGCGGGCUUUCACCGUGUGAAUACUUUUCAAUAAAUCAA